AUGGUGCACACCGGAAGUUGUGGCGACCGUCUACACCGGAUAUUGAUCGGCUAUUUGCCCAUACUGACAUGGAUGCCAAAGUACAAGAAGUCGGAUUUGCUGUACGACGCCGUGUCGGGUAUCACUGUGGCGCUCACGCUGAUGCCUCAAUCUAUAGCCUACGCGUCGCUGGCGGGACUGGAUCCACUUUUUGGAUUGUAUGCUGCUUGCUUCGGUAGCGUGAUGUACAUAAUAUUUGGAUCAGUACGUCAAAUUACUAUCGGUCCUACGUCUGUUGUUGCUUUGCUCACUUUCAACUACGUCAAUCCAGCACUACCAGCCACGGCGGUUAUCCUCUGUUUUGUGUCAGGGAUUGUCGAGCUCGUCUGUGGACUUUUCCGCUUAGGAUUCGUCGUGGAAUUCGUAUCGAUGCCGGUGACUGGUGGAUUCGUAUCAGCCGCAGCUCUUCUCAUGGCUUCCUCACAAUUGAAAGGAUUGUUCGGCAUUUCUUUUCAUGCCAAAAACUGUUUGGAAAUGUGGAUUAAGUUUGUUGAAAACAUUGAACAUUUUCGAAUAGCAGACACCGCUAUGGGAAUGACGUGUAUCUUCGUGCUGAUAGGAUUGAAGAGCUUAAAAUGCGUAAAAGUCAAUGCUAAAGGAAUGAAAGCAAAAUCUUAUUCGGUGUUAUUGUUUUUAUUGAACACCGGGAGCAAUGUCCUCGUGGUCAUCGUAUCGUCUACCAUCGCAUAUUUUUCAAUCAGACAAGGCCAGUCACCAUUAGUAUUGACAGGUACCAUAGAUAGUGGCAUACCGCAAUUUAGAUUUCUGUUUUUGGACUACGAAAACGAAGACGAGAAGUUUACCUUUCUCGAAGGUUUGUCCAGGCUAUGGCCUGGUGCGAUAGUUGUGCCAUUGGUCUCAAUUUUGAGCACAGUGUCGGUCGCUAAAGCAUUCAGCGGUGGAAGAGUCAUUGAUGCAUCACAAGAGAUGAUAGCUUUGGGAUUCUGUAAUAUUUUUUGCUCGUUUAUGGGAUCUAUGCCUGUUGCGGGUAGUAUGUCCAGGUCUGCUCUUAACCAUACAACAGGUGUCCGUACAACGUUUAGCUCAAUAUUUACAAGUAUAUUGGUCAUGCUGUCGCUGAUCUUUUUGACACCACUUUUGCAUUACAUACCCAAGUCUAGUUUGUCCGCUGUACUCAUAUGUGCCGUGACUUCAAUGUUUCGUUACGACAUGGCGAUUUUGUUAUGGAAAACCAAUAGACGUGAUCUAAUACCGUUCACCAUCACUUUCGUCUCGUGUUUGAUAUUCGACGUUGAGAUGGGACUUCUGUUCGGCAUCUGUGUCGACUUGCUGUGCGUACUCUAUCGCAGCGCUAGACCGUCGAUUUCCAUCGAAAAAGAAACGAACUCUGAUCACGUGAAAUGGGUGGUCAGGCCCAGCAGUGGGCUACUAUUCCCGGCGGUGGACUUUAUGCGACAGCGGAUCAUUGCCGAGAUGUCUUCUUCGGAACGUCCGAACAAACCAAAUCUCAUAAUCGUGGACUGUGUGCAUUUCGACAAGACCGACUUCACAGCCGCCCAAGGAUUAAAAUCGUUGAUAAAUGAACUGAAAUCCGAGUCAUGUCAACUCGAACUGAUGAACGCCAAGGAAUGUGUAGCAGCUAUACUGGAAUCCACACUGAACGUUAAAAUCUUGUCUAUGGUUCCACUUCAAGAUUCUAUUAAGAAAUUUAAUUUUAUUCAGCCUGAUCUCAAUGGAAUUGAAUCAAUGACAUUUCACGAGAUGAAAAUGAAAGAUAUCUGUGAACAUAAAGCGUGA